AUGGCGGCGCCCGCAGAGGCCGGGCCGGGCCGGGCGGGCGCGCGCUUCUUCUGCACGGCGGGCCGCGGCCUGGAGCCCUUCGUGCUGCGCGAGGUGCGCGCGCGGCUGGCGGCCACGCAGGUUGAAUACAUCUCGGGAAAAGUGUUCUUCUCCACCUGCUGUGGCUUGGACAUGCUGAAAAAGUUAAAAUCUGCAGAAAGAGUAUUUCUGCUCAUCAGAAAGCAGCUCCCACUUGCUAGACGUCGAGGGAAGAUACUCCGUGAACUGCAAAGCCUUAUAAGUGACGACCCGGAAAGUUGGUUGGGUGCCCUUUCAAUUUGGAAGGAUCUCCUUGAAGCUGAUGCAGAAGAAGAGAAACUUCCCCGUGGCCACGUCAACGCCCCGAAAAGGAAAGCGGGGCGCAGUGAGGACACGGGCGCUAAGAGACCGAGAGCAGAGGCGUGGCCGGCGCCAGCCGCGGGCCCGGACGACGAUGACGGGCUGGCCCCCGCGCAGGUGGCCGGGCCGCAGGGGCAGCAGCGGGACCCCGCCAGGCCCGCGGGCGCCCCGGGGGGCCUCACCUUCCGCGUGUCCUGCCGCUGCAGCGGGGCUGUGGGCCAGGCGUGCACGGCGCAGGAAGCGGGGCGAGUGCUGGGCGUGGCCCUGAAGAAGCGGUUCGGCUGGAAGGCGGACCUGCGGAGCCCAGGCGUGGAGAUCUUCGUACAUCUGAAUGACAUUUACUCCGUGGUGGGAAUUCCUAUUUUCCGGGCGCCGCUGGCCAGCAGGGCCUACAUCCAGACAGCCGGACUGCGCUCCACUGUCGCCUGGGCGCUGGCCUCGCUCGCAGACAUCCAGGCUGGGGCCUUUGUCCUGGACCCCAUGUGUGGCCUUGGGACAAUCCUUCUGGAAGCUGCCAAGGAGUGGCCGGAUGUGUAUUACGUGGGUGCCGACGUCAGUGACAAGCAGUUACUCGGCGCCUCCGACAACCUGAGGGCCGCUGGCCUGGAGGACAAGGUAGAGCUCGUCCGAGUCUCCGUCACAGAGCUGCCAUGGCCGUCAGAGAGUGUCGACGCCGUGAUCUCUGACGUUCCCUUCGGGAAGAAGUUCAGGCUGGGCAGGGACUUCAGGAGCGUGCUGCAGGAAAUGCAGAGGGUCCUUCGAGUCGGCGGGACCCUCGUACUGCUACUCAGUGAAGACCUCCAGGGACACCUCAGCGGCUGGAACAAGGGCAGCACCGCACUGUCCCCUGGAGCAGGACCUGCAGACAAGCAUGGACCAGCAGUGCACUCAGUGCCUGGGGCACAGAUGGAGCCAGACACAGAGCGGACAGGGGUGGGAGCGGUCAGCACAGAGCCACCUCCUGGGGGCGUGGUCUGCGGGGAGGGCGUGGCCAGGACAGAGCCAGCUCCUGGGGGCGUGGCCUGCAGGGAGGGCGUGGCCAGGUCAGAGCCAGCUCCUGGGGGCGUGGCCUGCAGGGAUGGAGUGGCCAGGACAGAGCCACCUCCUGGGGGCGUGGUCUGCGGGGAGGGCGUGGCCAGGACUGAGCCACCUCCUGGGGGCGUGGUCUGCGGGGAGGGCGUGGCCAGGACAGAGCCACCUCCUGGGGGCGUGGUCUGCGGGGAGGGCGUGGCCAGGACUGAGCCACCUCCUGGGGGCGUGGUCUGCGGGGAGGGCGUGGCCAGGACAGAGCCACCUCCUGGGGGCGUGGUCUGCGGGGAGGGCGUGGCCAGGACUGAGCCACCUCCUGGGGGCGUGGUCUGCGGGGAGGGCGUGGCCAGGACAGAGCCACCUCCUGGGGGCGUGGUCUGCGGGGAGGGCGUGGCCAGGACAGAGCCACCUCCUGGGGGCGUGGUCUGCGGGGAGGGCGUGGCCAGGACAGAGCCACCUCCUGGGGGCGUGGUCUGCGGGGAGGGCGUGGCCAGGACAGAGCCACCUCCUGGGGGCGUGGUCUGCGGGGAGGGCGUGGCCAGGACAGAGCCACCUCCUGGGGGCGUGGUCUGCAGGGAGGGCGUGGCCAGGACAGAGCCACCUCCUGGGGGCGUGGUCUGCAGGGAGGGCGUGGCCAGGACAGAGCCACCUCCUGGGGGCGUGGCCUGCGGGAAGGACACCGCCCUGGCGCUGCCCCUCGUGGGCUCUUUGAUUCUGGUGGAGCAGUUUCUUGUGAGCCUGGGCAAGACCGAGGCCUUCCUGUGCAAGUACAAGAAGGGCCCCCAGCUGGGACCCCUGCCCGUGAGCCGUGGAAGAGGAUGUCUGGACAGUGUCGGGGACCCAGGUCCACAGAUGACCCCACAGGCCUGA